AAGAUAGAAGUAGAAGACUUAUAAAAGUGAGACGAACUGAAUAAAAGUCACUUGUCUAAACUUUUAUAGCGAAUUUACAAUAUCUAAAAGCAUUUCAUUUCUGUUUUGAAUUAGCUAUAAAUAUUUAUUUCAACAUUAAAUACAGACGGGAGGUUAGAAAUGUUUUCUCCCCAUUCAGUGAAGUGGAACUUUCCAAAGUCGCAGGCAACUAUAAGCUGUGUUUUUAUUCGUUUUUGAUUUCAUACCGAGAUGACAGAGGAAUUUUUAUAGGAAGUAUACGAUGGAUAAUAAUACCAAUGAAACAAGAAAUAAAUCUACCUGUAAAGAAAAGGGUAUUUACUUCCUAAAGUUAUUAGAAGAUGUACAAUUAACUGGAAUACCUCAAAUAGUCACAGCGACUGAUAAAAGAAGAAAAGUUUUCAAAAUAAUUGUAUUUUGUACAUGUUUAGCUGGAUUCUUGUAUCAUCUUAUAUCAUUUGUCCUUCUUUUUCUUACUUAUCCUUCGACAUUAGAAGUUCUAGUGACGUUUAAAGAUACCAAUGAUCUUCCAAAACCGGUAUUGACAAUAUGUGAUCUUAAUGGAAUACGUCGCACUUCAUUUUGUAACGAGUUGCCCGAAGAUUGUGAGAAACCAAAGAAUAUGAAAGUUUUAUGUGAACGUUUUGAAUAUUUCUGUGAAGACAACGAUACCGAUAACUUAGUGUUUCCAAUACACAAUAGUUUACGUGCUGCAGAAUUUUUUCGUCAAACCGUGGAUAGAUAUGGACCUACAGCAGAAGAUAUGUUAGAAACUUACAGCGAUAUAGCAACUCCGAUCUUUUAUACAAAUACGUAUGGAAUGUUGAGAAAAUGCUACUCUAUUGAUUUAUCAGAACUUCAUGAACUUCAUUAUUUAUUUUCAUAUGAUAAACUUUCAUCGUUUCUAACGAGUGGAGAAGUUAUUGCUACUAUAUUUCUAACAUUUAAUCCUAAAGAAUCAUCUAAUCCUGCCGCUGCUAUAGGAGCAAAAGUAUCCGUGCAUAACAAGGAUCAAUUAGUUAAUCCUUUUGUUGAUGGAUUUCGUGUGAAACCAGGGAGAAUUUAUAACCUUCAAUUGAAGGCUAUAGAAGAAAACCUUCUAGAUUCUCCAUACGGUACAAAUUGUACAAGAUACGAGCAGUUAAUAGAUAGAGGUAUCAGCGGUUCAUAUAGUCGUGAUUUUUGUAUAAUUGAAUGUAAAAAAGAAUUAUGGUUAAAGGAAUGUAACUGCGUGUUUGGAGAAUAUAAUUUGGAUUUUACAGGAAAUUUCUGCGAUAAAGUUGAGGAGUAUAAAUGCAUCAGAGAUGUAGACGAAGAUGAAUGCUACAAUAAAUGCAAGAAAAGUUGUGAACUUAGGUAUUUUGAAUACGAAAUAGAUCAGUUGGAAAUAGAACAAUAUCACGUAGAAAAUUUUACGUGGGAUAAAAAUGACGAUUGGUGGAAUAACGAAAGAAUAUGGUAUUCAACGAUAAGUGUAUACUACAAAAGGCCUGAAAUUCUAAUUUAUAAAUAUAAACCACAAUACGAGUUGAUUGAAUUUUUCAGUUAUAUCGGUGGUUACAUAGGAAUUUGGUUAGGAAUAUCCCUGAUUGCGGUGUUCGAUUUUCUAGAAAUGCUAUUCGUUUUCUGCUGCUGCGUAAUCAAAGGGAAAAUUCCUAUUAAGAGAGAGAAAAAAUCCAAUGUUCUGUUACAAAAUGAUACAAACGUAUAGAAAUUUUUUAUAAGCAUUUAAUACGAAACUUUAAAAAACUCAAUAAUAUAAAUUUGUAAAUACUUAAAUACAAAUGUCAACGUUUAUUUUUAAUUAUAA